AUGAGCAGAUACAAUGCUGGAGACUAUGGGGGGGGACAAAAACAGUAUCAACAAUACGGCGGACAGGUUUACACCCAGGAUGUUGAAAUGAGUCAAGUUGGUCAAAAUAUGAGUGUCUCUUCAUUUUUCGACGAG